UAACUCAAUCCUUGAUCAUUUCUAUGAGAAAUGUCAGAGUGACUUGAAAAUAGAUCAGUCGUUGAAAUUUUUUCAUAUCUACUGAGUGAAAGUCAUUCCUUGAAUUGUACGAAUAGAAGCUUCUAUAAUCUCCAAACACGAAAACUCUUUUCUAAAUGAAGCAACAAUGGCAGGAAUCAGAACACUGGUUUGUCUUGCUUUUGCUGGAUCCAUCGGUAUGACUUUCGUUAUUUUAGCAUGUGCUCUUAAUACUUAUUCAAGUUGGUGGCCGUUCCUAGUUGUAAUAUUCUACUUGAUAUCCCCUAUGCCCACAAUGAUUGCGAAAAGAUUUUCGGAUGGAUCUGGUUUCGAGACUUCAUGUAUGGAAAAUGCAUUGUUUCUGACAAUGGGAAUAGUAGUUAGUUCGUUCGCUCUGCCUGUUGUUCUAGCCAGAUCAUCUGUGAUACAAUGGGGCGCUUGCUUCUUGACCAUGUCUGGAAACGUUGUUGCUUAUUUAACUCUCUUAGCAUUUUUCCUCAUAUUUGGUGAUGACGAUUCUGAUUAUAACAUGUGGUGACGUUUCUCCAUAUUUGGAGUCCUUUUGAGUAAACCGUAUUAGAAUAUU